AGUAAUUCCGAGGACGGUGACAAUGACGACGACUCCGACUCCAAAUCUCCUGGAAAAGGCCGAAAGAAGAUCCGCAGAAUUCUGAAAGACGACAAAUUAAGAACGGAAACUCAGAACGCCCUAAAAAUGGAAGAAGAGCGAAGGAGAAGGAUUGCCGAGAGAGAGCGAGAGCGGGAAAAGCUGCGGGAGGUCAUCAUCAUGCUGGAAGAUGCUUCGCCUGUAAAGUGCCCGAUUACCACCAAACUGGUCCUGGACGAGGACGAGGAGACCAAGGAGCCCAUCGUUCAGGUGCACAAGGACUUGGUUACAAAGCUGAAACCUCACCAGGUGGACGGUGUUCAGUUUAUGUGGGAUUGCUGCUGCGAGUCUGUGAAGAAGAUGAAGAAGGAUCCCGGCUCCGGCUGUAUAUUGGCUCAUUGUAUGGGGCUCGGGAAGACAUUGCAGGUCGUGUCUUUCCUACACGCCAUCCUCCUGAAUGACAAGGUGGACUUCAACACGGCUCUGGUGGUCUGCCCAUUAAAUACCGUUCUCAAUUGGACCAAUGAGUUCGAGAAGUGGCAAGACUGCCUGGAGGAUGACGAGAAGCUGGAGGUCGUGUCUUUCCUACACGCCAUCCUCCUGAAUGACAAGGUGGACUUCAACACGGCUCUGGUGGUCUGCCCAUUAAAUACCGUUCUCAAUUGGACCAAUGAGUUCGAGAAGUGGCAAGACUGCCUGGAGGAUGACGAGAAGCUGGAG